AUGCAAGGCACGCCCACCGUGAAAAAGAAAUGGGCAUUUCUUUUUUUCUCUGUGGCCAAGAAGCAACCCGACGCGCACGACGAUUCUAUCUGGGCGUUGGCAUGGACGAGCGCAAACAAAAUCGUAACUGGGUCUGUCGAUGAGCACGUAAAGAUAUGGAACCCUUCGCUCGAGAAGCCAGAGCGAGACUUUGGGGAGAACCAGUGGGGCGUGGUGUCCGUGGCCGCGAGCGCCGAUGGCAAGCUGGUUGCCGCGAGCGCGAUGGACAGCAACAUCCGGAUUUGGGACGCUGAGUCGGGCAACCUCGUCCGCACGAUCAACGCCUUCCCCGUGGAGACUUGGGCGAUAGCGUUCAGCCCCGACGGGAGGUUGAUCGCCUCGAGCAGCAAGUCGGGCAACAUCAACCUGUGGAGCGUCGAGACCGGCGAGAAGGCCCAGACGUUGGAGCCCAGCGGCAAGUUCACCAUGUGUGUCGCGUUUAGCCCGAACGGCAAGUACGUGGCGUGCGGUGCGGUGGACGGUCUGGUGACCGUUUUUGAGGUGCGGGAUGGCAAGCGUCUCCAUUCCAUCGAAGGCCACGGUAUGACAGUGCGUUCGUUGACCUUCUCCACCGACUCGAGCCGACUACUGACCACGUCGGACGACAUGCACAUCAACAUUUACGACGUUGAAAAGGCCGAGCUCAUCCACAUGGUGUCUGGCCACUCGUCGUGGGUGCUCCCAGACUCCAAGUAUUUCGCCACCGGAUCGGCCGACAAGACGGUCAAGGUGUGGGACGCUGCCAAGGGCCAGUGCGUGCACACGUUCACCGACCACACUGACAUGGUGUGGGCCGUGGCGUUCGACCCCAAGGGUGCGCUGCUGGCGUCGGCGUCCGACGACAAGUCCAUCAUCGUCUACAACGUCGCCCACUGA